GCCAUAACAGCUAGCAGCGGUAGCCAGUAGUUGAGUUGUAUCUACCAGCAGCCGUAGCAAUAGCUGGAAAAGUCGCGCUCCGUCCACACACCAAUGACAGGAACACUAAACGUAAAAAUAUGCGCAAGGUUAUGUAUUGAUAAUUGGCUGCUUUUUCUCAUCGUUAUCGCCAACGCUGCGUGAAGGUAUCUGUGAUUUUGAAAAGCGCAGCAACUGAACUCGGAUAUGGAUCCUGAACGGCAGAAACGAAGAGAGGAGAUUCAGAAGGCCAUGAGCUUUAUCCAGUCUUCAUUGCCUUUCCCAGAGCCAGAGAGUUAUGAGGCAUUUCUCACUCAGUUGGUGUGUAACUUGCUGGAUGAAGGGAAUUCUUGUUUUCGGGAUGGAGACUGGCAUCAAGCGACCCAGCAGUAUGGAGAGGGGAUCAGUGUUGCUCGCUACGCCCAGGCUGAGGCUCUCGUCAUCCCCCAUGAGCUGCUCGAGAGCCUCUACGUCAACAGGGCUGCUGCCUACUACCAGAUGAGGGAGUACGAUCGCGGCGUUCAGGACUGUGAUAGCGCACUGUGUGUGUCAGAAGGAAGUCGCAGGGCUCUGUACCGCAAAGCGCUCUGUCUGAGGGAGAUGGGACAACUCAGAGAGGCUUACACAUGUGGAACCAAAUGUCUCCUCACAGCACCAAAUGACAGACAGGUGAGUGAUCUGGCUCAGGAUCUAGCCAACAAACUGGGACUAAAGGGUCGUAAGGCCUACGUCAGCCCACAAACGGAGUCUACGGCCACUGAAGGUGACAGUCAUGGAGAGACUUCCACACCCACUGGAGAGAUGUCCUCCAAUGGAAUUGAAUCUCUGGGUGACAUUGCACCAGCAGACAUCUCCAGCGCACAGUGCAUCCCCGCUCCUUUGGCUACUCCUAUUCCAGUCAGCGAUGACCCAACGACCACUGUGGUAACCUCGUGCACUGACCUCUCAGAGAGCCCCAGCAGCCAGGUGCCUCCCAUGCAGUACUCGGUCCCGGUGUCAGAGCACAUGGAUGAAUGCAGCAGUAGUGUCAUUAAGGAUGAGCUAGACAGCUUGUUAGAAUCCAUCCCCAAGAAAGUCAGUGAGACUCCAGUGGGUGCUAUUCCCACAAACCUGCCCAACACAGCAGUUGGUCUCCGGCCUCCUUACUCACCCAGCCUUCCAGCCCCCUCAGCCCAGCUUUCCCAAGCCUUUUUUAGCUCCUCGAUCAGCGACAUGCCUCCUCUGGAAUCUUACUCGUCGCUGCGGGACCAGGGCUCCACCCAGGCGCAGGACGCACUGGGAGGCUUUUCCACGACGUCUAUGGAAGGAGAAGGGAAGGCAGGAGUCGCCGCUGGUGGACUCGACUCAUUGUCAGAGUACACUCUCCCUGGGGGACGAGUGUGUCACAGCUUCAUUCCUGGAAUGCGCAACCACAGUGCACAUGCAAAUGGUCCAGCAGGAACCAACCUGUCUCUGCUCUCCAGGAAUCCUCUGGCUGCCACACACGAGUUUCGGCAGGCCUGUCAUGCCUGUUACAGCAGAAUAGGUCCACGAGUGAUGGACUAUAAGUAUCAGCCAGAGGCAGCACAUCGCUGUAAAAGAGAUGUGCUGCUGUGUCGUCUCAAAAAUUCAGAAGACCCCACCUGGAAGAGGAUUCGGCCCCGGCCUGCACGGAACAAUUUCCUGGGGGCUUUUGUACUCUGUAAGGAGGUACAGGAGCGUCAGGAGUGCCAGUAUGGGGAGAACUGCACGUUUGCGUACUGCCAGGAAGAGAUCGAUGUGUGGACUCAGGAGAGGAAAGGCGCUCUGAGUCGAGAGCUGCUGUUUGAUCCUCUGGGCAGCACGGAGAGGCGGGCACUGAGUGUCACCAGACUUCUGCAGCUCCACAUGGGCAUGUUCAUGUUCCUCUGUGAGGAAUGCUUUGACAGUAAACCUCGCAUCAUCAGCAAACGCAGCAAAGAAAACUUGGCAGUCUGUUCAAAUCUCACAGCUCGACACCCGUUUGACGAUAACAAGUGCCUGGUGCAUGUGGUUAGGUCAGCCAAUGUGCGAUACAGUAAGGUGCGUCCUCUUCACCCUCUCUGCCAGUUUGAUAUUUGUCGGCAUGAGGUUCGCUAUGGCUGCCAGCGUGAGGACAGUUGCUCCUUUGCGCACUCUGUCAUAGAGCUCAAAUGCUGGGUUCUGCAGCAGGACACAGGUAUCACCCAUGAAGAGAUGGUGCAAGAGUCCAAGAGGCACUGGCAACGACUGGAGCAGAAUGCACAGAAGCAGCAGAAGCCCAUCCAUAUACCCCAUCCAAGCAGCAGUGUUCCUGUAGGAGGGCUUGGGGGAAUGGGUGGCGGUGGUGGAGUGGGAGUAGGAGAUUGCAUAGGUGGCAGUGGUGUGAGCCCAGUGGGUGGGUUAGGAGCAGGAAGAGGUCGCCCCCUCAACCUGAAAAUGAAGUUUGUGUGCGGCCAGUGCUGGAGAGAAGGUCAGGUCAACGAGCCGGACAAGAACCUCAAGUACUGUACUGCCAAGGCACGGCACAGCUGGACGAAAGAACGCCGCGUGUUGCUGGUAAAGUCAUUUGAGAAGAAGAAGUGGGUUGUUGUUCGGCCUCUUCCCUUCUCCCGCACCUAUCCACAGCAAUAUGACAUGUGCGUGCACGUGAUGAAGCAGAAGAAGUGCCACUAUAUUGGGAACUGCUCUUUUGCCCACAGUCUUGAGGAGAGGGACGUCUGGACGUACAUGAAAAACAACAGCUUGAGAGACAUGCAGCAGAUGUAUGAACUGUGGCUGCAGCUCACCAAUCAGAGCAGGCGCUCAGAUAACUCUGCUGUGACCCCGCCCCCAGAAGACAAGCAGGUCACCAUAACAGCAGAUUACACAGAAGCCAUGGGAGGCCGGCAGUUAUCGGACGGGGACGACCUUUAGGCGAAGCUGUGUUGAAUAGAAGCAGCCAAUCGCCGCCGAACUGCAUCAGAGAGAUGGGCAUGCCACACCAGCUACAACCGAACAGUCUGUCAUCUUACCAGUCUGACCUUCUCUAACAUCUCGACAGCAGCGAGAAAGCAAAUUGACAUGAAAAACAAUUGAACCCACCCUCACACAAACAUUUUACACACAAAUCACAGGAGCCAAUUCAAGCUUUGUAAAUACAGUGCGGGACAUAAGCCUUUUGUUUUCCCGUGCUGCAGUCAGAAUAUGACUCCUUUAGGUUCCCAGAAAUUCCAGAGACAACUUUUUUUGUUUUGACUAAAGUAAGUGUUCCCAAGUGUUUUCAUGCAGCAGCUCUGUCCACCAGAAUCCAUUGUUUUGGUUGUUUCUUUGUUUUUCCAAAUCCUUGUUGCACUGGAGCAGUUCUUGGGUGAGCGCGCUGGUCGCAGCUCUAACAUUUUUCUCACUGAUAGUUCAGAAACCCAGGAAAUGCUCGCCAUUCCAGCGGGCAAAUGCUCUCAGUGCUGUAAUGGCUAUCAAAAGUGAAGAAACUGUAAAGCAUUGGAGAAAGAGGCUCCUGGUGGACAUGCCUCGCUAAGCUCUGCAACAACCAAAUCCUGCUCUUCUUCCUUUGUGGGAAUAUAGUGAGAGGAUCAGAAUAAAUUCAAUUGAUUUCUGAGCAACAUUUUUGUUUUCCAAGGAGAGUUACACGGUUCCUUGUUCUAUUGUCUGCCAUAUUGGUAGAAGCUAUGAAUGUAAUGCCUGCAUGGGCCUUCAUAAAAAGAAGAUUAGUCAUGUAACAUGUUGCUGUGGUGGAAUGUAUGUAAGUUUAUUUCCCAAAAACGGUUUAAUUACAGUUCCCGCCCCUCUUUUAUAGAGAAAAGGCCCCUUAGUAGCUGGUUGUGUUAUCAUACCAACGAUUCCUGAGUGGGAUGAGCACAGACACAUUCUUACUUGGUAACCUUAUACCUGCUGCCCACAGAGAGUCAACUUGAAUGUCAUUUUCUCUCAGGCUGACAAAAGAGGGAGGUAAAAUUAUGCUUUCACAACAUAGUUGAUCAAACCGCUUGAUUAAAGUACACAAGGCUGAUGGCUAAGAUUUCUCGAGGCUAUAUUCAUCAUAAAAUACUGUACUGGCAUGCAGCUGACAGACGGGUGAAGCUGGUGUUGGAGAGCUAACGAGAAGUGACUGCAGCAUUUCACAAUCCCAGCUGGAGUUGCCCUUCUGUAAUGGAUCAGACUGAGGGUGGCUGUUUAAAAGUAAUGAUCUCACUUGGACUGAAGCAAAGUGAAAAUGUUGCCUGUGCUGAAUAUUUGAGUUGUAAGAAGGGAAAAAAUAGCUUUGUAGUUGUUCAAGAUGAAAGAAUGACAUCCAGAUGAAUAAUAACUUAAACAUAAAGAUAUAAUAAGGAUGAUUGAAACUAUAUUUUUCUAGUUUAAAGUUGUAUUGUUUGAGAAGAUUUGAAUGCAAAGGCAAGUGGGCAUUCCUUCAGUCCAGCUGAGUUCAUCACAAACCAGUUGCACUCCCACAUCCUUCAGAUGGAGACCGGUGUUCCUCAUACGAGUCCAAAUGUAUCUGUUCCCGAUAGCUAACGAUAGCCCGCCUGGGGGGAAACAUGCUAGCUUGAGACGGGGAAAGAAUUCACACCACAUAUUGUGCCUAUAAACAGCACCACAUGUGA